AUGAAUCCUCAUUACAUCCUAGCAGCAGCCUGGAGGUCUGAUCUCUACCCCCUAGCAGCAGCCUGGAGGUCUGAUCUCUACCCCCUAGCAGCAGCCUGGAGGUCUGAUCUCUACCCCCUAGCAGCAGCCUGGAGGUCUGAUCUCUACCCCCUAGCAGCAGCCUGGAGGUCUGAUCUCUACCCCCUAGCAGCAGCCUGGAGGUCUGAUCUCUACCACCCUAGCAGCAGCCUGGAGGUCUGAUCUCUACCCCCUAGCAGCAGCCUGGAGGUCUGAUCUCUACCCCCUAGCAGCAGCCUGGAGGUCUGAUCUCUACCCCCUAGCAGCAGCCUGGAGGUCUGAUCUCUACCCCCUAGCAGCAGCCUGGAGGUCUGAUCUCUACCCCCCUAGCAGCAGCCUGGAGGUCUGAUCUCUACCCCCUAGCAGCAGCCUGGAGGUCUGAUCUCUACCCCCUAGCAGCAGCCUGGAGGUCUGAUCUCUACCCCCUAGCAGCAGUCUGGAGGUCUGAUCUCUAACCCCUAGCAGCAGCCUGGAGGUCUGAUCUCUAACCCCUAGCAGCAGCCUGGAGGUCUGAUCUCUACCCCCUAGCAGCAGCCUGGAGGUCUGAUCUCUACCCCCUAGCAGCAGCCUGGAGGUCUGAUCUCUACCCCCUAGCAGCAGCCUGGAGGUCUGAUCUCUACCCCCUAGCAGCAGCCUGGAGGUCUGAUCUCUACCCCCUAGUAGCAGCCUGGAGGUCUGAUCUCUACUGUCGCUCUGCUCACUGUACCCCUUGAAUAAUUAAAAGUAAUACUUUUUUGAAAGCUAUAUUGAACAGAAGAAAACAAAAAAGAGAUUGCACAAACCGUGACAAGGCAUAACAUAAGCAAAAGCCCUAAUGAGAAAGCAGAGUGAUUUAAAGGUGCAGUUUAAUUAUGGCACCAAGUGAUUUAUCAAUAUCUACAGUGACCCCUAAACACAGGAGGAAACAUCCACUAAUGGACAACAGGUCCCAUUUUGUCAAACGAGAGAGACAGGCAUACGGCUGGCACUUAAAGCAGCAUUUAUUCCAACAGGUCUAUUGCACCUUUAUAAAUGAGACCACUUUGUGCUGCAUGCUGAUAGAGAGGGUCAAGGUGAUGAUAAAUGUACCAUGGCAACUGUUCCAUUGGAAUGAAAUUAAGCGAUACGGAGCGCUUUGGUGAUUUAGACUUGGGAAGCUCAAACAGCACACGCUUUGGGCAAACAUUACAUCAACUGGCAAAUCAAGAGCCAAGGAUCAGGAGAAACCCCAUCUCAAAGACACCAGUCAGGACCAGGGGGAGCGUGUAGGAGCAUUAUGGGCUGUGGUUUCUGACCGUAGUCAUCGAUACACCUGUCCUAACUGGUCAACAGGAGGAUGGUGUAGCAGCUGGAUGGGCUGUGGUUUCUGGUUAGCAUCGCUGACACAGGGGCUAAAGAACGGCAGCACUCUGCCUCUGGGGCCGUUGCUAAAGGAGUACAGGAGACUCAUGUCAUCAGCGUUAUAGAAGGACACUCUCCUCUCAUCACAGUCCAGGAACACCCCUAUCCUCUGGGGAGACCACCCAACCUGCAGGACACAAGAUGGAGGGGAGAGAGAGACAACAAGAUGAUAUCA